CCCUGCUCUGAGCCAUCUGCCCCCCUCCCCCAGCCAGGAGAGCUGAACGCGGAGGAAAGGAGGAAGGAAGGAGAGCCCCCAGAGAUGCUGCCUCCUGGACUCAGGCCCCAGGCCCUGCCCUCCCUCUGCCUCUGCAUUCUGGUCCUGGCCUGUGUUGUGGCACGCCAGCAAGCAGCGCCCACAGAAUCUCCGAGCCCCCCGCCGAGGCUGGUGAGUAGUCCUUGGAGCCUGGUGCCCAACAAGGUGAAGGCGGUGGUGACCAGGACCAGAGAGAAGUGGCAAUGGUUCUGGGGACCGGAGGCCUUCCAGGGCUUUGUGCAGACCUACUACGAUGACCACUUGAAGGACCUGACUCUCCGUACCCGGGCCUGGCUCCGCAGCUCCAAAGACAGCCUUGUGAACCAGGCCCACAGCCUGUGCCCCCGGCUCUUCUGUGGGGACAGUGAUUAGGAUUAAAGUUUCUGCAGCCACCACAAUAAAGAAAUGCUUCCCUGUG